GAAUGAUUUUGAAGUUGGUUGUACUGAGUGCCUUCGUGGGAGUGCUUUCCCCUUCAGCGGCCUACAAAAUAACGACAAAUGUUAUUGAUGGGGUUCCCAGUUUCCUGAACAUAACUACAGCGCCAUUUAUCAAAAUCGGAACUGGAUAUUACUUUAUUCAAAUUAGCAUUCCAAAGAACUGGCAUGCUGCUUUCGAGUCUUGUCGCCGAAUGGAAGCUGAUUUGGUCGCGUUCGAAAGCCUAGAGGAAUUCAAUAUGAUAUGGAGCCACCUCUCGGCUAUGCAUCCGGUGAGGCCUUUCUGGACGGCUGGCACUGACUUCGCCGAGCAAGGUAAGCACGAGUGGUUUUCAAACGGACAACCCGUGCCCUCGACCUUAUGGCGAAAGGGAGAGCCCAACAACUACGGCAACAAUGAACACUGCGAUAAUAUCUACGUGACACAUGGUUUUGGACUGAAUGACGAUGUGUGCUCGAAAUUGUUCUUCUACGUUUGCAAGGCUCCCCAGCCAAAGACAGCCUCCUUUAUUGUGUGGUGAAUUAGUUCUGAAAAUCGGACUCUUUUUUUAAAAUAAAAUAAAAUAUCUUUUGUAAAAUCCGUUAAAGCUUACCUACGUAAGAAUAGGCAGCAACAAUUGUAUAUUGGAUUUGAUUUCAAAUACUCUGUUUCAAUAAACAAUAAAUAAAAUAGCUUA